AUGGCUCCAGUUUCAUUGCCUCCAGGUUUCCGGUUCCACCCCACAGACGAAGAACUUGUUGCUUAUUACCUCAAGAGAAAGAUCAACGGCCGAAAGAUCGAAUUAGAGGUCAUCCCUGAAGUUGAUCUCUACAAGUGUGAGCCUUGGGACUUACCAGGAAAGUCACUACUGCCUAGCAAAGAUCUGGAGUGGUACUUCUUCAGUCCUCGAGAUCGAAAGUAUCCGAAUGGAUCCAGAACCAAUCGUGCAACUAAGGCUGGAUACUGGAAGGCAACAGGAAAGGACCGCAAAGUGAACUCACAGACGAGGGCUGUAGGCAUGAAAAAAACCCUAGUUUAUUACCGAGGAAGAGCACCCCAUGGCAUACGAACUGAUUGGGUUAUGCAUGAAUAUCGUCUCGAUGAGAGGGAGUGUGAAACUGCACAAGGCUUGCAGGAUGCAUAUGCGCUUUGCCGUAUUUUCAAGAAGACUGCGACCGGGCCAAAGAUAGGAGAGCAUUAUGGUAGCACGAGUAGUACUACUAAUUAUCAACUCAUGACCAGCGACCACCACUCGUCUAGCGUUGAGCUAUACUCUGAUUCAAGAUGUGAUCAUCAAGAUUUUGAGAGCUCCCGUUACAAUAAUCAGAUGGCAAUGAAUAAUACUCCAUGCUCGUCGAACAUGGUUCAGACAUCCUCAUCAUCUUCUCUUGAUCAUAUGGGUAGAAAGAGAGACGGAAAAUGGAGCCAGUUCUUAUCAAAGGACGCAUUCAAUAGCUUUUCCUCAUUUCCCAAUCAGGGAGCCAUUCCUUACCCUCCAUCAAAGGUUGAUAUAGCAUUGGAGUGUGCAAGGCUGCAGCAUCGGCUCACACUUCCUCCAUUAGAAGUAGAGGAUUUCCCUCAUGUCGGGUUUACGGACUUCAAAAACCUGCAGUAUUCAGAUCCUGGACUUGAGGGCACAGGUACUGAAACUGAUGCACUGCAAGAAAUUCUCUCAGUUGCUCAUGUUUCUCAAGAGAUGAUAAAUCAGUCCAAUAACUUUGCGGAUCAGACAUGGGCUACUGCAAACUAUGCUCCAGGAGCCAAUGAUUUCAGCUUUAUGGUUGACAGAGAUGCUCACUAUAAUCAGAUUAUUACAACUCAUCAUGACAUGAAUCCUAUGAGGUAUGUGGACAAGCCAUGGGAAAAUUCAUACAUAAGAUCGAUUGAGAUUGGAGAUUUGGAGGAUGAUGAUUUCAGGACCGACAAUACAACCGAGAAUCUGAGGUGGAUUGGAAUGUCAGACAAAGAUUUGGAGAAGAGUUUCACAGAAGAACACAAGAUAGUUCCCAUACAAAACAUUGCAAGUUUUCGGAGGGAAGAGCACGGGCAUCAGGUUGAAGGAGAUCAAACUGAGCAUCAUAGUGACAUGAUUAAGGAAUUCAAUGACGGUGAGACAAAUGAUUUCUCACUUGGAUUCAUCAAUGAUGACCCAGAUGAGAACUUCCUCCAAGAUGGCAACAUAGAGACAGAUUAUUCGUCUUCUCCGAGUUUUGAAGUCAUUGAGGAAAUUCAGGUUAAUCAUGGAAUGUUUGUCUCAACCCGUCAGGUGGCUGACACAUUUUUUCACCAGAUAAUGCCUUCAGAAACGGUUAAGGUCCAUCUAAACCCAGUAUUGGUCCACUCGUACUUGGUUGAGAAAGUUGAUGAUGCGCAACAGAACUCCAAGAACACCAGAGGUUCUUUCUUCGAAAUGUUCAAGGAGUUCGUGAUGGAAAAGUUUGUGGGAGUUGUAAUAUCAAUGAAUCCAUGGAGGAAAAUGGCAAGUGCCAUGGUUUGUGCAGUUACACUUCUGUUGAUGCACACCAUUUAUGUUGGGGAACAUUUGGAAGAUGAAAAAUUAAGGGAUGCCUUCACUGCAACCACUGCUAUUGUGGUGGAAGAAAAAGGUUCCUCUAACAUUAUCAGCAAGAAGAAGAAAGAGGUUUGCUUGGUGAAUAUAAGAGGUGGGAGUAGUUGUAGCUUGUUUCUGAAGAAGAUAGGGAUUUUCCUCACUGUGUCUUUGGCUCUUUGUACCGUGUGGGCUAACCACAGCAUUAUUACAUCUUAA